ACUGGAAGAAUAUGUACAAGUUCGAUAUGCAUUAAGCCCCACACGCAUAGCUUCUACAAAAAUUAACCAAUAUUAGAACAUCAACAUCUUCUAUCUCUCACUCAAACCCCACAGCGGAAUUUGCUUUCGCAAUCACACCACAAAUGCACCCUACCCCAAACUAUUUCCUCUCAUGGGUUUGAACCAGAACUUGAAGUACUUGAUCUGCACCGUUCUCUUCCUCUUUCUGCUCCUCGGCACCUCCGGCUUUCCUUCCCCUGUUUCAUCCCGGGAAAUCCAACCCAAAGUACUCCCUCAUGAAGUCCCAGCUGAUCAGUACCAAGAAUUCUACGUCAAGAACACAGACACAUUCGCCAUGAACGGAGAACAAGACCUCAGGAAGAAGAGAAGGAGCAGCAAGAAGAAUAUUUGGAGAAAGAAGAUCAAGAAAGAGAAAACCAGCAGGCCUUUCGCAGUCAUGCUGCCAAAGGGUUUUGUACCUCCCUCAGGUUCAUCUCCGUGCAGCAAUAAAUAUCCUCACUCGGCCAGGGCCACCUUCCACUGCGAUCCCUAGUGAGUAAUGCCCUGCAGUACUAAGGGGCCCCCAGCUUGGUGCGGGAUGGACACUCAUGAAAACAGAUCACGAGGAUGGUCAUGGUUCCUAUAUAUUUUGUUCUGAAAUUUGUUUAUAUCUUUUAAUAUUGGUGUUUUGUAUUGUUACAAUUUUUCCCACUUUGCAUGCUAAGACACUAAUCAAAAUGGAUUUCUUUAA